AUGGAGGAAAUUCAUGUUGAAGAUGAAAAUCAUGUUCAGGUUCCUGCAACUAAUCGCAGAGGAUCAAAAAGCUCAAAGAAGAAGUUUUAUUGUGGUAUUUUUAUCUCUUCUGGACUCCUGACUGUUUUCCUGCUGGCCAGACUCAUCACCUUUGGUCUGCACUACAAUCUGACUGAGCAUCUCCAGAACACUGAAGACAAACUGUCCUCUGUGACUGAAGAGAGAGACCUGCUGAACGCCACCCUCACUGAAAUGACUGAAGAGCUCCUCAAGAUGAAGAGUUGGUACAAACAAAAAAAAACAUGCCCUGCAGGAUGGAAGAUGUUCAGUUACUCCUGUUACUUCUUCUCUUCAACAUCUGCCUCCUGGGAUCAGGGCCGAGAGGACUGCAGGACCAGAGGAGCAGAUCUGGUGGUGGUCAACGAUGCAGAUGAGCAGGAAUUUAUCUCUAUAUUCAGCAACAAGAUUUACUGGAUCGGUCUGACUGACAAAGAAACAGAAGGAUCCUGGGAGUGGGUAGAUGGAACUCCUCUGGAUGUGACGUACUGGGCGAGUGGCCAACCUGAUGAUGGUGGAGGAAACCCAAAAUGGGGGAAGGAGGACUGCGCACAAAACGGAUACCAUGAGAAAAUGUGGAAUGACCUUUCAUGUGAAGCUUCUAGUUCAUGGAUCUGUGAAAAAGUGGCACAAUAUGCAUAA